AUGUCAUCAAAUUUUAUUUUUAGAGAAGCAUAUGAUGAUUAUGAAGGAGGGUUCCUUGUUGAGAAUUACUUUAAGCCUUCUCCUUUGUUUGGUCACUAUUCACCUCAUCCUCCUAACUUCUGCACUGCCCACUCCCACUUUGAGGUUCGUUGCAUUGAAAACGAGCAACACGCCCUUCUCAACUUCAAGCAUGACCUUCUAGAUCCUUCAAACCGGCUUGCCUCUUGGGUAUCUGACGUGGAUUGUUGUGACUGGGUCGGUGUUGUCUGCCACAACAUCACCGGUCAUGUCCUCCAACUCCAUCUCAGAAGCUUUUUUCCUGUGAGAGACGAGUUUUCAACUGAUGAUACCCAAUAUGGAGCUCAAUUGCAAACUUAUGAAAGGUCAGUGUUCAGCGGUAAGAUAAAUCCUUCUCUGCUUGAUUUGAAGCAUUUGAUUUACUUGGACCUCAGUUACAAUGAUUUUGGUGGUAUUCAAAUUCCCAAAUUUCUCGGUUCAAUUGGGAGCUUAGGAUAUCUUAAUCUCUCACAUACGGGAUUUGUGGGAUUGAUUCCUCAUCAACUUGGGAAUCUCUCUAAUUUGCACUAUCUCGAUCUUGGAUAUAAUGAUUUAUAUGUCAAGAACCUUCAAUGGCUCUCUGGUCUUCCUUUACUACAACACCUUGAUUUGAGUUCUGCUAACCUUAGCCAAGCCUCUGAUUGGCUACAGGAGAUAAACAAACUCCCUUCCUUGUCAGAGUUGCGAUUGUCAAAUUGUGAACUUUCUAGUUUCACCCCACCAUCGAUACCCAGUAGUAUUAACUUCUCAUCUCUCACCACCCUUCAUCUUUCAUCCAACAGUUUUGAAAAUACUUCGAUUCUGUUUUGGGUCUUUGGUCUUCAUAAUCUGGUUUCUCUUAAUCUUUCUUGGAAUCAGUUUCACAGUCCAAUCCCUGUUCAUCUCCAGAACUUGACUUCACUUAGGUACCUCGAUCUAUCUUGGAACAAUCUCAACUCUUCAAUUCCCAAUUGGCUCUACAGUUUUAGUCAUCUUGAGUUCCUCAACCUCGGCUACAAUUAUUUGCAGGGUACAAUCUCUAGUGCCAUUGGAAACUUAACAUCUGUCAUUAGCAUAGACUUGUUAGGUAAUGAACUUGAAGGAAGGGUACCAAGAUCUUUGGGUAAUCUCUGCAACUUAAAGGAAAUUAGAUUGUCAGAAAUGAAUGGAGUCAAAAGAUAUCUGAAAUCUUUGAAAGUCUAUCAGUAUGUGUUUCAAAUAGACUAG